AUAUGUGUUACUUAUUCGCUAGAAAAAUACUCGCGUUCAUAUCCUACGAGCUCGUCGUCGAACUCUCAGAACCCUGCAAUAGAUGCAGAAUGGCAACAUUUCGUUCACCCCGUUAUUAACCUCUAUCUGGACGCGAAGAAAUCUUCCGCAGGAGAUCUUGUCUCUGCCCGCUUUCGAGUUGUGUGGAAUUUCGACAGCAACGCUAAUAGCUUGGGCGUCGAUCAGAGAGAGAUUAUCCUCGAGGAUCUUGAUUUACUCUCCUUCUCAUCGAUCUCAAACUCGAGGACAAAUUCUGGGCAACCCGACCACGGCCUUCCUCUCAGAGCUGUUUAUCGGGAUGCUGUUGUUGGAAUUCGAUAUUUGCACUCAAGAACAGCAGACUCGACCUCCCAGCCAGUAUAUCGCCGCAUUCAGAUCACAUUUACCACUGCAACGAGCACGGCUCGGUUUAUUGAUGCUGUACGACCUGUUUGUCCUUGUAGAUUGAAUCUACAGCCGCAGCCUCCGGUCCCUCGCAUCCCUACUGUAGCUACGACAGGCCUUCUUGACGACAUUUCCCGCCGAGGUACUCUACUCCCGUCUGUUUCACAAGCUCGGCCACCAAUGGGCGAAACUCCCCUCAGACCAGUGUCGACUGCACUCCUUUCAGGAAAUCCAUCAUCCGAAUCCAAUGUACCGACAUUCGCACCAUCGACGCUGAUUAGUACCUUCGUUACACCUCCAGAAACACCUCGGAUGACCAUCCCAAAGUCUAGCCAAUGUCAAGCACCGCCUGGCUCCAUCAGCUCUACCAAAGGCUCUUUGCCUGAUUCUUCUCAGCCAUCCUCGUCUACUCGUAGUACUAGUUCAAACACGAUGCCAUCACCUCCACUGCCUUCGAGCGUCACACGAUCUCUUCAAUCGGAAAGCCAACCAUUGGAAGGUCGCAAUCCAACUCGGACCCAGCUUGUUGCAUCACUGCACGACACUCCGGCCCUUCACAAGCUAUCCCAUGCAGAGCUAGAAUCCAUCGUAGCACAAGUCAUCAGAGAGGAAGGUUUUGUCCAACUGCUUGCUUCCUUGGACACCAUGUGGAGAGUGAAGGGUUUACUUGGUCAAUAA